AUGUGGUUCCUCCUCUUCAAAGUCUUUAAAACCGGCGUCUCUCAAGCCAAAAAGCACAAAGCCAAGAAGAACACCUCCUCUCCCGUUGCCGACGCCGACAAAGCCGGAACAACCACCGAAAUGUUCUCUCUCGACAACGCCAGCGGCACCAACACCAGCACCCGCAACCCCUUCAAAACAAUCCUCGACUUCCUCCUCCGCCUGCUACAGUUCGCCCUAGGCAUCGCUGUCGUCGGCCUCUACGGGCAGGAUCUCUCAGGUACCUCGUCGAACAAGGGCAUUGAUGGGCGCUGGUUGUACGCUGUGAUCGUUGGUGCUUUGUCUUCGGUUACGGCAUUGCUGUAUUUGAUUCACCUGGGAAUUACGAAGAAGAAGAAGACGACGCCGUUUUAUUGUGCUGAGAACGGGGUUGUGGGGGUUUGUCUGUUUGCGUGGGAGGGGGUUGUGUGUUUGUUGUGGUUGGUUUGUUUUGGGAUUUUUGGGAAGGUGUUUUUGCCUGCGAGCCAUGGGGCUGGCGGGUAUGAGGGGAAGAUGUGGAGGGCUGUUUGGGUGGAUUUGGUUUGUUGGGCAGUUUGGGGGGCUAGUAUGGUUUGGUUUGGAGUGAGGUGGUGGAAGGCUAGGGCUGGUACUUCUGAUGCUGGCGGAGAUGUUGAGAAGGGGAAUGACGAGUGA